CAGCAGGCGAGGCUCUCGCUUUUUGCGCGCUCGCAGACCCUGGCCGUGCGGACCGCCUCAUAAGGCCAGCACGGCGCGCGCAACUGUUGCCUCUCCACCACCGCAUCUUCGCUUCAAGCUCACACACCAUGGCACCCGUCGCAUCCUACACCGCCGCCAGCGCGCCCGCGCCGCCGCAGCACCCGACCGAGGCGGAGAUCAAGGACUCGCCGCGCCGCCACCACCUCUUCGGCUUCCCGAUCUCGCACUCGGCCUCGCCCGCGUUCCAGAACAUGCUCAUCCAGCGCAGCACGCUCGAGCAGGGUGGCAGCGCGCCCUUUGCCACGUACAGCCUCUGCGAGACGAAGAGCGUCGAGGAGGCGCACAUGCGCGCGCUCGUGCGCGAGGACGCGCGCUUCGGCGGCUCGGGCGUGACGAUGCCGCUCAAGGUCGCCGUCACGGCGCGCCUCGGCCGCGGCGAGAUCCUCGACGAGCUCGACGAGGUCGCGCGCGCCACCAGCACCGUCAACACCAUCGUCGUGUACCCGUCGGCCUCGGGCUCGACGGCCGUCGAGGACCGCCGCAUGAUCGGCACCAACACCGACUACCUCGGCAUCCGCAUCGCCGUCCUGCGCAACGUCGCCACGCAGAACGGCCUCGACGCCAGCGCGUACAUGGCGCAGUCGCCCGCCUUCCGCUUCCCGCCCGACGGCCGCGUCGCCGACGGCAGCGUGCCGCACUCGGCCAUCAUCACCGGCAGCGGCGGCACCUGCCGCUCGGCCGUGUGGGCCGCGACGCAGCUCGGCCUCUCGCCGCUCUACCUGCUCAACCGCGACGCCGGCGAGACGCAGGACGUCGUGUCGCACUUUGCCGCCGGCGGCUACAAGCUCGACCUGCGCCCGCUGCGCAGCGUCGCCGAGUUCGACGCCGAGGCCGAGCGCCGCGCCUCGGGCGAGACGGGCAACGUGGCCUGCUGCAUCGGCGCCAUCCCCGCCAUCACGCCGCAGAGCGACGACGAGAAGAUGGUCUACACGCUCGCCCACGCCUUCUUCCGCGAGCAGUACACGCCCACCGCCAGCAGCACGGCGCCGCCCGCCGGCGCCGCCUACCUGCCGCUGCCGGCCGCGCGCCCCUUCCUCGAGAUGUGCUACAAGCCGCGCAUGACGCCGCUGCUCAAGUACGCCUCGCAGCAGGGCUGGGCCGCCAUCGGCGGCGUCGAGGCCAUGAUCGAGCAGGGCCUGGCGCAGGCGCGCAUGUGGGCCGCCUCGGAGCCGAUCCUCAACGGCAAGCUGCCCGAGCGCGACCCGCUCAGCUGCGCCACGGCCGCCGGCGACGCCUCGCCGCUCGGCGCCCAGGCCGAGCAGGAGGCCCGCGACAUGGUCCUCGCCAUGCAGGACGUCGUCGUGGCCUCGGCCGCCGUGCCCGACGUGCCCGCCGUCGCGCCCGCCUCGACGAGCCUGCCCGCCGCCGCCGCCGUCGCCGCCUGAGCCCGCACUCUUGUCACUGUCCCGCUCCUGCCUUGCUUUCGU